AUGUAAAAAAAUGAAUAGAAAGAACUACUGUUGAGAAAACAAAAUAAUGAGGCCACUCUUAAUUCAAUGUAAGAGAGUCAAUACUAAAUACAAAUUAACUUAAUUUAGUAAAAUAAAGAUGUUCUCAAUGAGUUUUAAAAAAAUGAAAAGCUUAAUGUGAAACAUCUGUCUUAAGAGUUGUUGAUCAACAAUGAGAUUAAUCAUUAAUGUAUUGAUAGGAUUUUAUAUAUCUAGAAAACAUUUUAAAUAAUACUAAGACGCAUGUAAAAUUGGGUAAGAAAGCCAAAAAUGAAUUGAUUUUGAAAAAAAACAUUUCUUUAAAGAAUAUUUCUUGCAAUUCAGAUGAAAAAUUAAUAGGAAUCGAUAAUUUUAGUUAAAUAGAUGAUGUCUCAGAUUUUCAUAAAAAUAAGAUAUCAAAUAGUUAGUCUCAGUAUUAUUUAUUUCAAUUAAUAGUAUUUUGAUGCUCAGGUAUAAUAGAGCAAAUGGUCAAAGGAAAUUAAUUAGAAAACAACUUAAAUACGAAUCAAAGUAUAAAGAUAAGAAAGAAGAUGAAAAUAAUCUCAAUAAAAUCUUUCUAAUUUAAAAAAAUCCUAAAGAGGUGAAUGAUUAAGAAACAAGUCAAUCAGAAAAAUUCGUUGCAAACCCUUCAACAGAAACCUUUAUUACUGAUGAUGUUGAUUUAUCAAAUCAAAGUAUUUUAUAAAAGUCUAUUUAUAGAAUAUUUUCAAUAAAAAUAAUAUUACAUGUAUAAUUUAGUUGGACAUUUCGAAGGCUAAUUAACAGAUACAUUUUAGUCUCAAAUGUAUCUUCGACAUUUUUUAUAGAUCUACGAGAAUUUAUAAAAAUCAAGAAAUAUCAAAAUCUCAUAAAAUUUUUCAAUUUCAUAAAAAAUCAAAGCAUAAACAAGUAUUUAGAAUUUAAUUAUUAGAAAAAUAAAAAACUUUGGUUAUUGAUCUUGAUGAGACCUUAGUGCAUUGUAAUGAAUAUUCAUAAUUGAAAUCAGAUUUUUAUAUUCCAGUAAAAGUGAAUAAUCUAAUUUAUUAAGUAAGUGUUAAAAUUUAAUUAGGCUGGAAUUAGCAUUAGACCAUAUGCAUAAGAAUUCUUAAAAAAUAUGGCUGAAUAUUACGAAAUAAUUAUAUUUACUGCUUCAAAUGAAGAUUAUGCAAAUUAAAUAAUAAAUUAUUUGGAUCCAUAAGGAAUUUUAGUUUCUUGUAGAUUAUUUAGGGAUGAUUGUAUUAAAAUAGAAUUAGGGUGUCAUAUAAAGGAUUUGAGAAUUCUCAAUAGGGAUUUAAAAGAUGUAAUUUUAGUAGAUAAUUCUGCAUUCUCGUAUGCUUUUUAAAUAGAAAAUGGAAUUCCAAUAAUUCCUUAUUUAGAUAAUAAAAAAGAUAAUGUAUAUUUUGAUUUAAUGAAAGGAAUUAUAACAUUUAGAAUCAUACUUAAAGAUUCUAAUAAAACAUGA